UUCAGCUGCUACCAUUUGUUUGAUCUCAUUAAUUUGAGCAAUCUUAAAAUGAGUGUACAGGCAUUUGACAUCAUAUUUGCUGGUAAUUUACCCAAUCUCUUCAUUGAUGGAUCUCCUUCUACAAAUAUAACCUGCCUGGAAAUAUGUGGCGAUUUCUUAUAUCUAGGGUGCAAAGAAGGAAACUUACUGAGGUGUAGCUUCAAGAAAUCUUCAAUCUUACCUGAACAAACAGUAAUUAUCAACAAAGCCACUCACUGCUACUCAACUACCAGCCCUAUAGUACAGAUGAAAGCCAUAUCAGCCUUGACACAGCUGCUUGUGCUUUCUAAUGAAACCUUGACUGUGCUUGAUUUGGAAACUUUAGCUCUAGUCAGAACAUUAAAGUUCAAAUCCAUCACUUCUUUCCAUCUUAAUGAGAAUCCACUCAAUGAAGAUCCAUUCACAGUGGAGAUUUGUGCUGGGUCCAAGAAAAAAAUAUUGUAUAUUCACCUUAGUGAUGAGCAUGUUAAAAUAAUUAAAGAAGUCUCAACGAGCUUAACACCUUCAACACUGGUGAUGGAUGGAGCUCACAUUUGUUUUGCUAUGGGCUUUGAAUAUUGCAUGCUGGAUAUUCUUUCUGGGGAGAUUCAACAGCUAUUUGCUGUAGACAACCCACAGCAACCACUCAUCAUUCACAGAGUCUCAAAGGGAGAAUUUUUAUUGAGUGGACCUGGUGGAUUAGGAGUAUUUGUGUUGUCACAAGGUUUUUCAGAUAAACCUCCAAUUAAUUUUUCCAGUCAAGUCUCAGCUUUAGCCUUUCAUCACCCAUACAUAAUUGCAGUGUGUAGACAAGGAAUCUGUUUUUACAGCAUUAUUGAUCAGCAAUGCAAACAAACGAUAGCUAUUGACAAUGUUCGGUCUAUAGUAAAUGGUGAUGGUCGAAUCUUUGCCUCGACACUGAUUGACUUGUUUGCUCUACUUCCUAUUUCUUGGGAGACGCAAUUAGAGAAAUUACUUGCUGACAAUCGCAUAGAAGAGGCCCUCGUAUUAGCUGCUAAUGCCCAUAUCUCUUCUAACGAUAGAGAACAGCAUAAACUCAUGAUUAAGGAUCUUGAAGAAAAAGUGGCUUUGCUACGAUUUUCUUCUGGACGCUUUUUGGAUGCAAUGGAAUUGUUUGAAACAUGCAACAUUGAUCCUCGAAAGGUGAUUGACUUGGACCUUGAACAAAUGUUCCCAGAAGAAGAAAUGCGCAACAGUUCUGUAGUGGUUUUCCUCGAUUUUCUUCAGCGAUGGAGACUCAAGUGCUUGACGCCAGAUCAGAGGAUGGCAGUCGAUUUGGCACUUCUCAAGUAUUUAGCAAGGAAUGACGACGAAGGAGUGCAGUUGAUGGAUUUCAUCGUAGACUGCCAAGCCGACUCAAGUGAAACAUUCGACUGCUUGAAAACUUUUCAAAUGUUCCAUUGCUUAGCGACCUACUAUAUUUCUAAACAAAAAUGGGAGGAAGCCUUUUGCAUUUGGGAUCGAUUGAUGAAGUCGGACAUUGAAGACGUGCAUUUUUUAGGAUACCCUCAUGUGGCCGAGCAGCUGACAAAGUGUGGAGACAUCUCACUGAUUUGGCGCUUUAGUGGAGAAAUCUUGAAGAGGGAUGAAGAGAUGGGCGCUAAAAUAUUUACUUCAGAAAAGAUACCAGCCGUUAAGCCGCGAGCUGUAAUAGAUUAUUUACGCAACUAUCCAAAAAGUUUAAGAAUUUUCCUCGAAUUCUUGAUCGAGAAGAAAAUCGACGAGGAGUCGGUUCACACUCAACUAGCUAUGAUGUAUAUAGAUGACAUCAAACGCUCCGAUCUGAACCGCAAUAGCCCAGGCCAUCGAAUGACAAUUAACAAACUACGAAGUCUUCUUAGAACUUCUCAAAAACUUGAACUAGUUAAACUGUUGGAAAUACUUGAUACGCCUGGCUUUCCACAUGAGCACGCAAUCGUUUGUGGAAGACUUGGUCAACAUUCCACUGCUAUUAAUACCUUUAUCAACUAUCUUAAGGAUUUUGAUGCUGCUGAGGAAUAUUGUGCAUGUCUAGAUGAUCCAAAAGCUUGGAAUGCCCUGUUGGCUGCCUGUGUGACUGAAGCGAACGUUCAUAUGUUUGACCGUGUGGCAGAUUUAUUGCGUCGCCGGCCACAUCAGUUUGACGUUCCAACAGCCCUGCUCUGUCUUCCUGAUAGCACAAAAUUCAAUGUAAUCGCCCCGUUCGUCAACUUCGCGGUUCGUGAAGCAUUACACGAAAAGAGGAUGAAGACGAUCGAGAAGGCAUUACAUCAAAUGGACAACUUGACAAAUAAAUAUGAAUUGAAAAUAUUGGAAACAGAGUCAUUUUCUAUUCAACCCUCUAGUUACUGCUGUGUUUGUAAGAAACGUUUUGUAGUGACCGAUGGUUUCGUUCGAUAUCCUAAUGGAGUGCUAACCCAUUCAAAAUGUGCUACGAGUCGGCACGUUUGCCCCCUUACCGGUCAUUUGUUUCAAUUUGGAUUUCAGUACAAUUCCUAAAUUUUCAAUUUCACUUGAAGCUGUACUUAUGUAAAAGAAAUUACACAUGUUCUUGAAUGAAA